UAAUAUAGUGAGCGACCUGUUUGUCAGUGCAGUGCACGUAGAGCAGAGACUCACUUACCUCCCUUCACCGUCACUCUCAUUCAUUCUUUCCCUGCCUCCCUCUCCUCCUCUCCCUCACCUUCUUUCUGCUUCCAGUCAUUCACAAAUGGAGGACAUCCCCACCUGCAGCAGAUCAUGGUGCUGAGAAGAGAAGAAUCUUACAUUCAAAUGAGAUUGAAGACUGGAUAAGUUCUCCGUACUAUUUCAAUCAAUCACCAGUAAUUCCUUUUUCAAAUAAAAACUAAUUUAGGUUGAAUUAUUUAAUAUAAAGAUUAAAUCAACAGGCUAAAAUUAUGAAACCUGUCUCUUUAAAAAGAUAGGUCAUUUUGUUCAAACCCCUUAGUUAAUUAUUAGAUUUUUAUUCUGUGGCCUAAUCAAGGCAGACAUAAAUCGUGUCUACCUAGGGCUUUCCUUCUAUUUUAUGGAGGGCUUGCACUGUCCUAAAAAAACUGGGGAGCAGACUGGAGAUCAAGAACAACAUCAAUCAGAAUCUCUUCAGCAAGGUCUGUUCUGCAAGUCUCCUUCCCAGCCUUCUCAACUAGAUCUAAGUGCCUGCUCAAAGUCUCAUGGUACAGCCCAGCUGCCCAAACUGUCCAGAAGACAUAACCCUGAACGUAAACGACUUAGGCACCAGCGGCAGAGCAUUGUCUCUGAUAUAGAACACAAACAAGAAAGAACAAAAGAAGCUUCCGUUUCCAGUUCAUCUUCAGAAGCCCUACCUUGCACUCAAGACAUUUCUAUACAGUCUGCAUCAGAAACCCAAGAGGACAACCCCAAGCAGAAACGUGAACGUAAGCCUCAGAAACCAGGCAAAUAUGUCUGCACUUAUUGUGGCCGUGCAUGUGCAAAGCCCAGUGUUCUACAGAAACACAUUCGCUCCCAUACAGGUGAACGCCCCUAUCCUUGUGCACCAUGUGGGUUUUCUUUUAAGACAAAGAGUAACCUGUACAAACAUCGCAAAUCGCAUACCCACAGGGUAAAGGCAGGUUUGGCUCUUGGGGAGGCAAAAGGUUUAGAAGAGCAAGUCACUGAAUCAGAGGAUGAAACCCAACACCUAUCUUCUGCUUCAGCCCUUACAAAUAGACAAAAUAGUGUAGCCCCAGCUAAGGGUUCAGAUGCUGAAAUGUUAAAAGAUAGCACUGGAGCCAGCAGUGACUCAUAUGCAGUGAAAAAGAGACUGGCCCUUCGUCUAAGUAGGGGGAAGCAUGGUUCUCAAGACUCUUCUGAUGAUAAGACAUCAUCUCUUACACUGAGUAGUAGAGGCAGUACAGAAUCUGGCUACUUCUCCCGCUCUGAAAGUACAGAGCAAUCACAAUACAGUCCCCCAAACACAAGUGCUAAAACCUACGCAGAGAUUAUCCUAGGUAAAUAUGGACGCCUUGGACAACUACAGAGGAUGUCCCGUCAUCAUAACCAACAUCUUCCUGGUCAUGAAGAAAAAAACAUCUCCUUUGCUGUACCCAAGAAGCAGGUUAUUGAUCAUAUCACAAAACUUAUCACCAUCAAUGAGGCAGUUGUGGAUACCAGUAAAAUCGACAGUGUAAAACCAAGGAGAUUCUCAUUGACCAGAAAGAAUAACUCAGAGGCUCAGAAGAGUUUAAGUAUCAAAGAACCCCUUAUUCACAGCUCUAAAUCUGGGAAUCUCAGUUACAAAACCACAGGCUCCAUCAGUAUGGGAGUUCCCUGUGAAAAGUUUCUUCAGCCAUCCCUAAAAGUGGAGCAACCUUCUUCUCAAAUAUCCACUGCCUCUAUGGUGAGAAGCCUCUCCCUGCCAUCUCCAUCAACUUCGUUAGACACUUCAGGUCUCAGUAAAUUUCGACAAACUCAAUCCUUUGAUGAACAUCCUUCUGAAAGCAAACGUCGUUUUGGAACACUAAGAAGGCAACCAGCCAUUGAAAUCCCCAUAUGUGCUGAGCCUACAAAGGAUGAGCAGGAAACAUCUAAUACAUUUUCCAGCAACAGUGUCACCACAGUGUCUGACCAGAAGCCCCGUCAGCCAGAGCCAUACAAAUGUGAGGCCUGCGGCACUGGUUGUACAGACUGGGAGGGCUAUAAGAAACACAAACAAAAUCUAUGUUGUGCAGAUUAUCCACAAAAUGAAACCAUAAUGAGUUCAAUGGAGAGCUCACAGUUAAGUUACCAAGCAGUCAGAGCUGGAGUUUCAACCAUGCGUAAGAGAAGGAAAGAGGAGAGUUUUGAUUCUGAUGACCUCUCUUAUCCCCCAUUGUCCUCUUCAGUUGUCUUAUCAAGUCAGUGUAAAGGUGAAAUCAUUGUAGGUGUUGAAAGCCUUGCAAGACCAACACUCCAAACCUGCUCAGUGAUUCAGCACACUAGUUUAUUUGAAAAACAAGAAUCUUCACACCAUGAAUAUCAAAGCCUGAAGGUAACCAACUCGCCACCUCAUAAUGAAAAUCUUCCCUCCUCCAAAACUCAACCACUACAUCAAUCAGUGAAGCUUAAAAAUCGAAAGCUGGUUCGUCAAAAUAAUGUACAGGUUCCAGAAAUACUGGUUACAGAAGACUCAAACAUUGGCCAAGAGAAAUCAAAAGAGCCAAACUUAGGAGACAAAAAACUGGGAAAACUGGAUGAUUUUCAUUGGCCACAAAGGAGCCCAUCUUUGGCACAACUUCCCAUUGAGAAGCUUCCCCCCAAAAAGAAGCGCUUACGUUUAGCUGAGGCUGCCCAGUCCUCAGGUGACUCCAGCUUUGAGUCCAUGUCGUUACCCCAUAGUCCUAGUCAGGACAGUAGUGCAUCAUAUACAUCCAGCCGCUCUACAUCUUUUGAGGAACAAAGCAGACCAGACGUGGAAAUAACAGCAUCAGCAGCACUGAGGAGAUCUAGAGCAUCUCACACUUUGGCUGUGCCCGGGUUACAUCAUCAAAGAGAGAUAAGGCGCUCAGCAUCUGAGCAAGCUCCUCAUGACUUACAAUCUCAUGUUUUAUUGGCUGAGAACCGCAGUAAAUCUUUUGACUAUAGUUGUCUUUCUCCUGAGCGCUCUGCAGUUGGCUGGAAAGAAAGAAGGAAAUGUCUCCUUAUGAGACACAAAGUAAUCAGAGAUCAAGAUGAUGAGGAAGGACAUGGGACUGUCCCGAGCCACCAUUUGGAACAUGCAAGCUCAGAUACAUUUUUUCAAGAAAGCCAAACUUCUGUUUCUUGCAGCAGAUCUUCCUCUCCUCCUUUAUCGAGUGUGAGGGUCUUGGGUGUUCCGGAAGGAUCACAGUGCAAAGAAAUUUGUACCAAGUGGACACCAAAUAUUCACUCAAGGGGAAGCACAGAACUGUCAAAAAGCUAUCAACCAUCUGUAGAUGUAAAAAAGGAGUCAUCCAUCCAUCCAGAGUAUACUUAUGGAGCUUCGGGGGCAGCCCGAGCCCUCUAUCACCCUGUGUCGACUGGGCUAAAACUAGAGAUUCCCCCACGUCAUCAAACUUAUGCAGAGGUUCACUCCAGUUACUCCCAGUUUCAACAGCGUGUCCCUCACAUAUCCAGUUUAGGAGAACUGAGGCCAUUGACGUCUCAAGCAGUAGCUGUUCGCCUUCAAACAGACACUCUAACCCCAGCAUGUGCUAUAUACACCAGUCUGUCUCAGUCCGUCUCCCACAGGCCACCUGAGGCGUUUGACAAUGUCUUACCCAAUGUAAACAUUUUUAAGGUCGAAUUCAGAACCCACCAAAAAACAAGUCUAGAUCUGCAACCGUGGUCUGAUGAAGGACCAAGGUUUCCAGGAUCCAGUGGCAACAAGCGCAUGCUUUCACCUUCAAACAGCAUAGAGCUACAAUCAGAGUCCCAACAACAACAGAAAAGAAUAAAAGAAGAGGACAAGGAGGUUGGAUGUGCCAAGACAGCAUCGCUUAACACAUCAAGUCAAAAUCGAAGACUGGAAACCCUAUCAUGCUUACCAGAUGUUUCUUCUCCCAUUUCACAUGCCGCAUCAACAUUCCCUAGCCUGCUGUCCAGUACCUGUAACAGCUGGUGCUAUCUAAACUACAUCAAGCCAAAUCCAUCUAUACAGAAGUCGUCAGUCUAUUCAACAUGGUCUACCAGUGACUAUGACCCCAACCCAUCUGGACUCACCAGCAAGACGGUACUCUCUCUUCUACACUGUAAGCAGAGGCCUACUUCCUCCAUUUAUACUACACCAGCUAUGAUGGUUGGGAUAACUGAAUCCAUACAGGAUGAGGACCGUAAACGUCUCUGCUCUACUGAGGUCUACAGCAGCCCACGCUAUUGCACAGACCAUAAGCAGAUGGCAAAGGUACAGCAAACAGAGGACAUUGUUUUAAACAAAGCCAGCAAGAAAAACGAGAUGAAGAGACAAGAGCAGGAAGUAACAUUAUUUUCCGGAAAUCAACAGACACUUGAAAAAAGAUCAGAGGAUCAGUUGGGGGUUGUGUGUGGUGAAUGUGACAGGAAGUGCAAGGGUGAAUUGAGGAACUCUACUGUGCACUCAGAACAAUCCCAAACAUCUCUCUGUGAGCUCUGUAGCAACAGUCCGGAAGCUCCAGUGGCGCUUGGUGAAUGCCUGAUACCUGAGGUACGGGAGGAAGAAAGGAGAAGUCACUAUACAGACACACAUGAAGGAACUUUGAAGUACGCAGAAGCCAACCCAGAUCAAAAAAAGGAUAUUUUUUUACAUGCCCUGGGAAAACACGCUGCUCAUGGUGAUGAUGAUGGCCUAGCUGAGCAUUACAGACAUGGUGAAGGCAGCAGGUCCUCUUUUACUGAAGUUUCCCACACUAAUAGUAAAGAAGUCCAAGAAGAAGGGCAGCUCAUGGACUUUAAAAGCAGCUCAUCUCUACCACUCAACACCAAGGAUGAUGCUGAAAAGAGCUCAGCCAGUGUCAGCUGGGCACUAUUUGCCCGCAGACACCUCAAUGCCUCCACCUCAACAUCUGCUGGAUCUUCCCACUCUCCACACAAUCGGUCUGCAAAUUCAGGAAGAGAGCAUCCUCCGCCCUGCAGCCUGUCAACUAGGACCCAUCAGUCUGCUGCACCUCUGUCCUCCCUCUCUCCAUCCGCCUGUCCUGUCUCCCCAGUGUUGAACUCAGCAGCGUCUCCAGUUAGAGACCAAAACAAGGGACCAGAUUCUUCUGGGCUUCCUGGCUCCCCAGCUGGUCCUCCCGCUCAGAGUCAAACCUGUUCUCAGCCAAAGGACUUAAAGCUGACUGCAAUACUGUUGAGAGAAGAAACCACUUCGACCCCCAACAUCAGCAACCAUGGCACACAGCCUGGAGGAACCAACAGGCUCCUAAGCCACCUGCCCCUGCACUCCCAGCAACCCAGCAGGACUCAGAGUCUUCUGAUCCCCAUCGGGGGGAUUCACAUGGUUCAGCCCAGAUCCACCCUCCCUCUCUACAGCCUGGUGGGAAGCCAAACAGCCUCAACUUUUUCCAGGGAAUCCCCAAAGCGAAAGCUUGCUGUUCCACAGAAGCAAGAGGACCACAAAGAGAAGCUGGAAAGCAGCCGUGGUGGUCCACAGAGCCCCCCAGCUGCAGAGCAAACACCCCGAGAAGACAAAAACCUCACCACCCAGCAGGCAUUAACUUUUAGGACAGGCCCAGAACAUAAAGAGAGGCAUGUUUACUCUAAAGGUCAUAACACAUCUGCCUCCUCCCAGAAGCAUCUCUGAUAGGAGGGACAGUUUAAAGGGACAGUGCAAAAAAACUGAUUCCAUUUAGUGGUAAAAUUUUCCAAAGCUUUCUGGAGUCAAAACAAAACAAAAGCACUUGAGCACCGCUUCUGAAUGACGCUGUUAUGUAAUUACCUGAAUAAAAUACAUAAAUAUAUAAAUAUAUAAAUAAGCACUAUGUUAGAUAUGCAGUAUGUUUUGUAAAUCUUUUUUACCCUUUUGUUUGGCAUCAUCUGUGUUUAUUUAUUUAUAUGCUAUUAUGCAAAACCUGUACGUUAUGCAACAGCAGCUGGAAUGAAUUGAGUUUUCCUGUUAACCCCAUUAAGACCGCUCUAAUACGCUAUUGCUAUGUUAUUGUACUGUAUUAUCAGAAAAGAUAUUUAUUCACUCAGACCAGUAUCUAAAGUGCAAUUUGAUGUCAGGAUUGUGGUUUGAAGCGUCUUUCUUAAAAGCUGUGAUUCUUCUUAUUUGUCAGAUAUUUAUUGUUUGUGUUGUAAGGUUUUAAGAAGUGAGGUCAUGAUCAGCUUUUCUGUAGAGAACAAGCUUCAGGAGUGCACUGACAGACAAACUGAUACCCAGUGGAGACAUGUUUCCUGUUAUAAAUGGCUAUAGUACUGUUGGGUUUCAUGUUUAGUGUCAUUUUUUGUUUGUUUGUUUGUUUUUUGCCUUUUCUAAAUGAUACAAUCACUCAUUUUCAUGUUUGCCAUUGAACUUCUCAUUUUUACAGAUUUAUAUUAAAACUGUGACAUAUA